AUGGCUACUGCAAUAGAUGUCUCAUCCAUCCAGCAGCUGCUGGACAUAUAUGGCUCGGUCCUUGACGAGUCCUUGGUCAUUGCCAUCGCAAAUGACUACGAUGUAUCUACCGCUGCCGGCUAUAGUACUGCUUGCGCGAUCUUGCAAAGCCUCGCGCAAGAUGCAAACUUAGAAGAAUCUAGUGGUUUCGACCCAAGUGCCGUACAUCGGACUCUAGACGACGAGGAUAGACGCGUAGUCGAUAUUGAGCGUUCUACCAGCACAAGCGGUCGCCAUAGCAAACAAGCCAAUGGCCAAGAAUCAGCCGACACGGCAAUUGCUAUAACUCCGUCUCCUUCCUCUGCGGAAUUCAUGAUUCCAGAUGGCGAAUUCUCCAAGUCUGGCAUGCUGGAAACAGACAUUCUGCAGCUACAGGAUUUAUUCCCUGAUUUACAAAGUUGGGAUAUUAGGCAUGCCCUACUUGAAGCAAACGGUGUCGUUGCAACUGCGUUGGAUACCCUCCUUAGUGUACAAUACCUCCUAUCUACCACUGCUCAAAAGACUGCACCAGAUGCACUUUCCAUCCCUGGUGACACCAAGACUGAAGACCUUGGUAGGAACCGCAGUGUAUACGGAUACGACGCGGCAAGAAUGGCCAAUAGCGAGACCAGUAUGAGUAGUCCAAAGACGCUUAAAACUCCCGCUGCUAUCGUCUACGUAUCUGAACGCUUAAACAUGCCUGCUGAAGAAGUUUCUAUAAUAUACGCCGAAAACGGCAACUCUAAAGUGGCUACCAUCUUAGGAAUUCUGGAUCAGUUCCUCAUACAGAGAGAAGCUGAGCCCCCAACAACUCUAGAGAAAAAAGUUAUAGAUGAUCUCAAACAGAAGUACCGCAAUACCCCGGACGAGUACUUGCAAGUUAUCGUCCAGAUAACUGGACCAGAUUCUAUAUAUGCUGCGGAGCUCGCGUCACAAGUAAACGCAUACUUUAGUAAAAGAUCAAUGAACCAGAAACUCAAACUGAAUUAUAGACUGACACCGUUACCCCAAGAAGAUCUUGAAGGAUCAACGGGGACGGUCAUUGAUACUUGGGCUGAAGGAAGGAGUCCCCGUCGGGCUACCACAUUAUCAACGUCUAGCACCGGAAAGGAUCUCAGCCGGGCUCUGCAAACAUCAAAUAAUCUACAAAGGCAGAAACAAGAUGCGAUUGCAUCCGCUGCAAGCCUCCAUCGACGUGGGGCUUCGAACCCGCUGUAUCGGCAGGCAGCAGGUUACUAUGCGCAACAAGCUCGCGAACACGCAAAGCGUGCCCAAGAAGCUACGUCCACUGCGGCAGAUAUAUUAGUUGACCAACAAAGCACCGAUAGGACAGUUGAUUUGCAUGGCGUGUCUGUCCAAGAUGGAGUGCGAAUUGCUCGCCAGCGAGCGUUGAAUUGGUGGAAAGAUUUACGUGGAUCUCGAGAAGGGCCUGUGUUAGACGAAAGUCUCACUAUCAUUACUGGUUUGGGACGUCAUAAUACAAGUGGAAUUUCACCACUUCGACAGGCUGUGGCUGCUGCACUUACGCGGGACGGGUGGAAGUAUGCAGUGGAAACAGGGAGGUUUGUUGUAUCAGGACGAGGAAAGUAG